AUGUUUACAAAAAUAUGUAACCGAUGAUUAUGAUUAACCUAUAAGUCCAUAUUAUUUAUAAGCGUGCGUGAGAAAUAAAUUUAAAAUUAAUUUUAUAUAUAUAAAUAAUUAAACAUACUAAUUGUAAUGGGUGAAAAUAAACCAGUUGGAAUAAAACCUUUUAUUUACGGAGGUUUAGCUUCAAUUAUUGCAGAAUUAGGUACAUUUCCAUUAGAUACAACUAAAACGCGAUUACAAGUUCAAGGUCAAAAAUUAGAUAAAACACAUGCUAAUUUAAAGUAUUCUGGUAUGGUUGAUGCAUUAUUGCAAAUGAUCAAAUAUGAAGGAUUUAAAUCUCUAUAUUGUGGGAUCAGUUCUGCUAUUUUGAGGCAAUCAACGUAUGGAACAAUAAAAUUCGGAACGUAUUAUUCACUUAAGCAAAUAGCAGUAGAAAAAUGGGGAACUGAACAAUUAGUAUUGAUAAAUGUUAUUUGUGCAGCAAUAGCGGGAUCUAUAUCCAGUGCUAUUGCUAAUCCAACAGAUGUGGUGAAAGUUCGUAUGCAAGUCAAUGGUAAUCAAGGAAAUCUAUCUUUAUAUGGUUGCUUCCAUCAAGUAUAUAGACAUGAAGGUGUUCGCGGUUUAUGGAGGGGGGUUGGACCUACUUCUCAAAGAGCAGCAAUUAUUGCGGCAGUGGAGCUGCCCAUUUAUGAUUUAACGAAAUUUUUUUUGAUACCUCAUAUUGGAGACAGUGUCAGUAAUCAUUUUCUUUCAAGCUUUACAGCUAGUACAGCAAGUGCGAUUGCUUCGACACCUAUUGAUGUUAUACGAACACGAUUAAUGAAUCAAAAACGUUUGCAUAAAACCAAUGGGACGUUUUCACCCCAUAUAUAUAAAGGCAGUAUAGAUUGUUUUAUAAAGACAAGUAAAAAUGAAGGUUUUUUAGCAUUGUACAAAGGUUUUGUGCCAACAUUUCUGCGUAUGGGCCCAUGGAAUAUUAUAUUCUUUAUAACUUAUGAACAGUUAAAAAAAUUACCUCUCUUUUAAAUAAACACGAGUACCUGUAAAAAUAGAAAAAUUACACUAAUUAUAUUUAUUAAGUUUUAAAUUAAUAAACUAAAUGAUGCUAAAAGAUAAAACGUGUAUAUUUUUUUUGCUAACAUUAAUCAAAUAAAUAAAAAAAUGUACUUAUAACAAA